UGUGAAUAACUGAAUUCGUAUAUAAUAUGUGAAAAUAGUUGUAUGAAAGAGGAUAAUUGAAGACCGUCAUUGAUUAGCAAAACAACGCGAUGAGACUGAAGACAAGGACGAGAUUUAUGAUUUUUCGAAUUCUUGACGAGUCUCGUGAAGUUUUCAAAAAGAGCAAAACAUCUUUUCCUACUACAUAUAAACAUGUAGAAUAUAGAUCUUCUAAUUAAUCAGCUAUACCGCUUUUAUGAUGUUUAAAUGACCAGAAAUAAUUGCGUCUCUCGCCGGGAAGAAAGAUUGGACUAGUGAUAAAUAAAUUUAUAUUUGGAGGAAAUAAUUGUUCUUGACCACCUACAUAAACAACAUUUCAUUGACGAUGAGACGAAUCAGGCUGAGUUUUAUCGUUUUGGUUGGUUUUCUGCUGCUCAUUGAGUGCAAAAUGAAACCAAAGGGGAAGAAAAGGAGAGAACAAGAAACUAGAUUGCUGUCUCGUUUGAACGAGUUUGUAUCUCAAGAUGGACCAGUGAAAGUUAAAGUGAUUGCAAAUAGUUAUGGUAAACACUUGCAUCUACAAUGCAUCGCCAACAUCACAAAUUCAGUGCGUUUCUUGUGGAAUUUUGACAACGUUACACUUCAUGAAAACGAGAGAGUUCUCAUUCAAAGUGAAGACCGAAGUUCUGACCUUAAAAUACGAAAAGCUGGAAAAUCGGAUUCUGGUAUUUACGGAUGUACUGCAACCCUGUCCAACGGUACAAAAUGGGCGCCAAGUUUUGCUGUGCAGGUGACCCCUCCACUAAAGAUUAAGAUCAAGCCCAAAGAUGCCCGAGUUACGACAGAAACCGGGAUUUAUGAAUGGUUUUGCGAAAACAGCGAAGGCCGCUUGGUGAAUGCAACAUAUUCUUGGUUUCGUAAGUUGCUCCCAGAAGCACCGUGGAAAAAAAUUGACAACAACAAAGCAAUAUUUAGGUGGAAGAUCCCAGAGAGAUUGCACGCAGAGAAAGAUAGCUAUGAUGUUUAUGACAUGUACUGUCAAAUCACAUACAAAGGAGUGACUGUUCGUGGUCCCAUAGGGCGAAUUCGGGUUACAAAACCAGAUGUCAGCGGAGACUCUGGGAUCUUGUCCGGCUGAAACGUCUGAAGGAAUACAAUGGGAAGAAACUCUCUUUGGAUUGGUGGAUUCUAAGUCAUGUUUAGUAGGUGACGAAAACUCAGGUGUGGCUAAACGGGUUUGUGAAGCUUUUCCAGGUCAACCACCAAGAUGGCGUGCACCCAACUUGAAAGACUGCAGCAGUCCUGCGUUUUCUUCACUGGAAGAUCAGCUGGAUGCCUUAGAUGAAGGUUUUAAAGUAAACUUGGACAUUAAACAAGCGUUAGAUCAGUUGAGAUCCUUGACGAGUCCAAAGAAACCGCCACGACCUGGCAUGAAAGGCUCGGCGAGAUUGUUUGGGAAAGAUCUUUUGGCAACUGUGGGCAUCUUACAACGAACGAAAAGCUUCUUUCAAAAAGAAAAAGGAAAUAAGACACUGGCGACAGAAACCCUUUCAUCCUACACAGAAACUGCUAGCAAUGUUUUAGACCUGGAGAAUCAAGAAACUUGGUUGGAGAUUGAAGAGAACAAUCCAGAGACGCCUGCCAAUCUUGUGACCUCUCUGGAUAAUUUUGGUUUUGAUUUGGAAGAAGAUUUUGCCGGAGAUGGUGAUAUCAUUCAGAACCGUGUGGAGAGGAAUCUAGCUUUUCAAAUGCGUCGUUUUCGAAGGAAAAGAGACUUCGUCUUUGAACAGAAUAAGAGUCGUAUUUUUCUGCCGCAGGCUGUGUUCAACCAGACAACCAGCGAAGCAGUCACAGUGGUCAGUGUGGUCUACAAUACACUUGCAUCCAUUCUGGGUGAUGUGAACACCACGUCUGGAAGUUUAAGCAGCAGCCAUCUCAAACUUCUCUCAAACUCGAGGAUAAUAUCGAGCACUGUGAAGCCUUUAGGUGUUUCGAAAUUUAAACAACCUGUGAGAAUUGUUUUGGAGAAUAAUGGCACGUCCAACGACGAACGUUAUCAAAGAAAAUGUGUGUUUUGGCAACCUGAAAAGGCCAACAGCCGAUGGGGUGACGAAGGUUGCCGACUGGUUAGGAACGAGACCACGAAAGAGGUAACAACAUGUGAAUGCGAUCAUUUGACGCUGUUUGCUGUGAUGGUGGAAAGUGGUAAAGGAGAGAUGGACGCUGAAGAACAAGCGAAACUUGAAAUCAUAUCAACAGUCGGAUCUGCCAUCUCGCUGGCAGCUAUUAUUUUGACAAUGAUUGUGUAUGUUUAUUACUGGAAGGCUUUGUGGUCGCCACGAUUCGUAAACUUCAUGAACCUUUGCGCUGCGAUUGCAUUACUGGAUAUAUUUUCUGUUUUGAGAGGACCUUUCAAGGACGAUGAGGUUCCUUGUACUGCCAUUGGAAUUCUUCUUCAUUUUUUUGUCCUUGCACUAUUUAUGUGGAUGUUGUGUGAGGGAGUUUUACUUUGUCUUCUCUUGACGAAUAUGUUUAAGAAGAAUUAUGGACGAAGAUGGUAUCUUCUGGUUCAUCUAGUUGGAUGGGGUUUACCAGCCUUGAUUGUGAUUACAUCAGUUGGUAUUCGGGGUGCUUCGUUUUAUGGUCUCGAUGGACACUGUUGGUUGAGCCGGUCGAGAGGUUUUAUCUGGGCAGCUAUAGCGCCGAUGAUCGUGGUCUUAUUGGCAAGUUACGUUGUAUAUUUCUUGAUGCUACAUCGUGUCCUCACCUCUCACAAAGUUCAACAGGAAGACACUUUGGGAAAAGUUAAAGCAACCGCACGAGCUUCAAUCAUCAUUAUGCCUGUACUCGGCUUCACGUGGACCUUUGCAAUUCUCGACUUUUUCUUUGAUGAACUGGCUUUCAAAUACUUGUUUGCAAUCUUCAAUUCUCUUCAAGGACUUUUCAUAUUCAUUUUCCACUGUGUCAUGAACAAACAGGUACAUCAAGCAAUGUUCAAGAAGAGUAGACCGCCUGAACGUAAAGGGAUCUUAGAUAGAGUAAAAACUCAAGAAUUGCGUAUGACGGGAUCCCAAGAUAGCCUUGAAACCAUUAAAUAAAACGAUUAUAUUUGUGUUUCUGAAUGAAACUGAAAGAUUUCGCGAAGAGUUAACGUGAAAAGUCAUGGAUUUCUAGCUG